UAAAUUUUUUCCCUUUCAUAUCUUUUGCGUCACUUUAGUAAACAAACACAAUUUCUUUUCAUUUAAAGUUUAAUUUUUUGUUCCCAGCCAUGGCAGAUCUUAUUACUUCCGAAGACUCAAAUUCACCAGAAGAUCAGGCAGAGCUAAAGGAGGCUAGAAAUACUACUGCUAAGCUUUUUGAUACGAAAUUAUUUUCUGAUGUUACGUUUAUCGUAAAAGGCGUUGAAUUUCGUGCUCACAAAAAUAUUUUAUCGACACGAUAUGUCUAUUUUGAAAUACUGUUCAGCGAACGGCACGAGACAGAAAAAGAAGUUACAAUGCAUGGAAUUAAACCUGAAGUCUUCAAAAUCGUACUGGAAUUUAUUUACAAAGGCCAAUUGUCAGAUUGGAAGGAAAAAAUGGAAAAACAUGCCGAUGACUUGAUCAAAGCUGCUGAUAUGUACGGCAUUCAUGGAUUGCGAAAUAAGUGCGAAAAAUACAUCAUUCGUGCAGGAAAAAUUAACGUCCAUACUGCUUGUGAAUAUUUCAUAUUGGCUGAUACACGUAAUGCACCAAAACUGAAGGCAACAGCAUUGAAAUUUAUCUCGGAGAAUUUGGAAGGAGUGAAAAAGACCAGUGGAUACAUCGAGUUCAAACGUCACCGUACAUCCAUAACGGAUGUUGUCGAAAUGCUUUCGCCAUCAAAGCGUCUGAAAUUAUUGAAUUAAUGUGAAAUCUAUUCAACCAAACUGCUAGCUCCUACAUUUUUUCAACAAAAAUACCCAUAUUUCUUUAGUGAAAUGUCAUAAUUGGGAAGUUGUAUUGAAUGGUUUUCUUUUCUUUUCACAAAAAAAUAAAAAUAAAGUGUAAAACGUUGAUAGUACAAUAGAACAUAAA